CUCCCUACACUUGAUAGUGCAGUAACCCUCUGUCGAUAGAGUGACUCUACAGAGACGAGAGAGAGAGAGAGCAUUGAGCAUUGAGCAUUGAGAAUUGAGAAUUUGAGGGAGGGAGGAAGAAAAUGGCAAAAUCACCAGAAGAAGAACACCCACAGCAGGCUUUCGGGUGGGCUGCCAGAGACACUUCUGGAAUUCUUUCCCCAUUUCGUUUCUCUAGAAGGUAUAUCCUGUUGUUUGCGUUAUUUGUAGGGGCGGAUGAUGAUGUAACAAUAAAGGUCCUUUACUGUGGGGUUUGCCAUUCAGACGUGCAUUCUGUCAAGAAUGAAUGGGGGUUCACCAACUACCCUAUUGUACCUGGGCAUGAAAUUGUUGGUGUUGUGACCAAAGCUGGGAAGAAUGUGGAGAAAUUCAAAGUAGGUGAUCAUGUAGGAGUUGGGGUCAUAGUAGGUUCCUGCAUGAAAUGUGAGACCUGCGACCAGGACUUAGAGAACUACUGCCCUCGAACAAUAUUUACCUAUAACUCACUCGAUCAUGACCGAACAAAAACUUAUGGUGGUUAUUCCGAUAUGGUUGUUGUUCACCAUCGCUAUGUGCUCCGCUUUCCAGAUAACUUAGCCCUUGAUGCGGGUGCACCACUUUUAUGUGCUGGGAUCACUGUGUACAGUCCAAUGAAAUAUUAUGGCAUGACUGAGCCUGGAAAGCAUUUGGGUGUGGCAGGACUUGGUGGGCUUGGUCAUGUGGCUGUGAAGAUUGGUAAGGCUUUUGGUUUGAAAGUGACUGUCAUCAGUUCCUCCCCAGGAAAGGAGGAUGAGGCUGUUAAGAGACUUGGAGCUGAUUCUUUUCUCCUCUCAAGUGACCCUGCAAAAUUGAAGGCAGCAAUGGGUACCAUGGAUUACAUCAUUGACACGGUGUCUGCAGUUCAUUCGCUGGCUCCAUUAAUUGGUCUACUGAAGCUGAAUGGGAAGCUGGUCACGGUGGGUUUGCCUGACAAGCCCCUGGAGUUGCCAAUCUUUCCCUUAGUUUUGGGGCGGAAGCUUGUAGGGGGAAGUGACAUAGGAGGGAUGAAAGAGACGCAGGAGAUGCUUGACUUCUGUGCCAAGCACAAUAUUACCUCAGACAUCGAGCUGAUUCAAAUGGAUUACAUUAACACUGCGAUGGAACGAAUUGCCAAAUCUGAUGUCCGGUAUCGGUUUGUGAUCGAUGUGGGGAACUCCUUGACUCAGUAGAUUGGCUGUGAUGGCUUUACUGCUAGUUUCACAUGCUUUCAGACUCUCAUUAAAAUAAGUCAUGGUUAAUUAUUGUAUUGGUGAUAAAUUGAUCUUCCACCUUGGGGUUUAGGGAGGUUAUAUAAACUUUUUUGUGCUGGACACUUUAUGGUUGAACCCGUCUAGUUAAAUUGGUCUUCCACCUUCGGUUGACGUUUA